AAUAAAUACUGAUGUUUUCUUCUCAUGACUGCACAUGAGGUCUGAGGCUGAUGACACACAUUUGACAAUUGCUGUGUUUAACCAACGUACUCCAAUAAAAAUGUGGUGAUGAUUGACAGGUGCCAUAUUUGAGGAGAACGGGGCGAGGGACGAGGAGGUGUUCCAGCUGGCCGUGUCAGACUUGAGUCUGAGUGAUGACGUCCUGCAGAGCGAGAAGAUCACACACUCCAUCAAACUCAUCCAGCCUGACAAUCCCUUCCAGGCCGUGCAGGAAGCCUGCGAGCUGAUGAAUCAGGGCAUCUUGGCGCUGGUGACAUCCACGGGCUGCGCCUCGGCCAGCGCGCUGCAGUCGCUGACGGACGCCAUGCACAUCCCCCACCUGUACAUCCAGAAGAAUGGCGGGGGCUCGCCGCGGACCGCCUGCCACCUCAACCCCAUCGCCGGGGGCCGCGGCUACACGCUAGCCGCCCGGCCGCCCGUCCGCCUCAACGACGUCAUGCUGACGCUGGUGGAGGAGCUGCGCUGGCAGAAGUUCAUCGUGUUCUACGACAUCGAGUACGACAUGCGAGGUCUUCAGGUGUUCCUGGACGAGACGUGUCGUGCAGGUGUGGACGUGUCCGUGCAGAGAGUGGACAGGAACAUCAGCAGAGUGUUCAGUGAGCUCUUCACCUCCAUGAGGACUGAACAACUCAAUCGCUACAGAGACACUCUGAGGAGAGCCAUCCUGCUGCUCAGUCCCCACGCUGCUCACGCCUUCAUACAGCAGGCGGUGGAGACCAACCUAGCAUCCAAGGACAGUCACUGGGUCUUUGUUAACGAGGAAAUCAGCGACGCGGAGAUCCUGGAGCUUACCCACAGUGCACUGGGCCGCAUAACGGUGGUCCGGCAGAUCUUCCCGGCGUGGAAGGACAGCGGCGCCCGGUGCCAGCGACACAACCAUCGCAUCUCCUCGCUGCUGUGCGACCCCCAGGAGGGUUACCUGCAGAACCUGGAGGUGUCCAACCUCUACCUGUAUGACAGCGUGCUGAUGCUGGCCAACGCCUUCUACAGGAAGCUGGAGGACAGGAAGUGGCACAGCAUGGCCAGUCUCAACUGCAUCAGGAAGUCCACCAAGCCGUGGAACGGAGGCUGGUCCAUGCUGGAGACCAUCCAGAAGGGCAACAUCACAGGUCUGACAGGGACUAUGGACUUUAAGGACGGCGGUGCCAACUCUCAUGUCCACUUUGAGAUCCUGGGAUCCAGUUUCAGCGAGACCUUCGGCAAGGACUACAAGAGGAUGGCCACGUGGGACGCGGUCCAUGGUCUGAAUGGAAGCCUGAAGGAGAGUCGCAUUGAGAACGGCAUGCAGGGAGUGACGCUGAAAGUGGUGACUUUGUUGGAGGAUCCCUUCGUCAUGGUGGCUGAGAACAUUCUGGGUCAGCCCAAAAGGUACAAGGGCUUCUCCAUCGACGUUCUGGACGCCUUGGCCAAGAUCCUGGGCUUCAAAUACGACAUCUACCAGGUGUCUGACAGUAAAUAUGGGUCUCAGCUCCCUAACGGUUCUUGGAACGGGAUGAUCGGUGACCUCAUCAACAAGAGAGCCGACCUGGCGGUGUCGGCCAUCACCAUCACGCCGCAGCGUGAGAACGUGGUGGACUUCAGCAAGCGCUACCUGGACUACAGCGUGGGCAUCCUGCUGAGGAAGCCUGAGGAGAAGAUCAACAUCUUCUCACUCUUUGUGCCCUUUGACCUCGCCGUGUGGGCCUGCAUCGCCGCCGCCAUCCCCGUGGUGGGCGUGCUCAUCUUCCUGCUCAACCGGCUGCAGGCGCUGCGCUCCUCGGCCGCACGCCACGCCACGCCGGGAACGCCCACCAACGCCGUGGACUCCGGUUCUCUCCAGAGCGCCAUCUGGGUCGUCUACGGCGCCUUCGUGCAGCAAGGUGGGGAGGGUGUGGUGGGCUCGGUGGCCCUGAGGAUCGUGAUGGGCAGCUGGUGGCUCUUCACUCUCAUGGUGUGCUCGUCUUACACCGCCAACCUGGCUGCUUACCUCACUGUGUCCCGCAUGGACCACGCCAUACGGUCCUUCCAGGACUUGGCACGGCAGGUGGAGGUGGACUACGGCACGGUGAGGGACUCGGCGGUGUACGACUACUUCCGGCACAAAGGCACCAACCCUCUGGAGCAGGACAGCACCUACGCCGAGCUGUGGAGGAGCCUCAGCAAGAACCAGGGCUUGGACCAUUGCGUGUCUAGCCCCUCUGAGGGCAUACGCAAGGCCAAGAAGAGUCCCUUCGCCUUCCUGUGGGACAUGGCGGUGCUGGAGUACGCCGCUCUGACGGACGACGACUGCACGGUCACGGUGUCGGGCAGCGGCGUGAGCAGCAAAGGUUACGGCGUGGCCCUGCAGCACGGCAGCCCCUACAGGGACCUCUUCUCCCAGAAGAUCCUGGAGCUGCAGGAGAAAGGCGACCUGGACGUGAUGAAACAAAAGUGGUGGCCUGACACGGGCCGCUGUGACCUGGGGGGCCACACCAGUGCCCACCCUGAUGGUCGCUCCCUCAAGCUGCAGAGCUUCGCCGGCGUCUUCUGCGUGUUGGCUGCCGGUCUGCUGCUGGCCUGCCUGGUGGCCGCCAUGGAGGCCUGGUGGAGCGGCGAGCGAUGUCGGCGCCAGACGCCCAAAGAGGUCGCUAAGGAUUACAGGAUGGCUUUGGUUUCUUUUAAUGACUUUGCGGCGGCGGAGGGGAGGAAGGACAUUUGGACAGGCAGGCAGAGAGGCUGGCACCCGGCUGAUGUGGCCACAGGACAAGGAGGUGAACCUGGAGCAGGUGCAUCGUGGCAUGAACAGUCUUUUGGACGAGGACUUGGCCCUCAAGCAGAUCCCAGGUCCGUCUAUGGAGAUCUCGGCGCUGGACUUGGGCCGGAUGCGGGCCGGCCAGGCGGCCAUGGUGUCCCCGGGCCUCGCUGUGACCACCUUCCUGCCAGGGGAGGGAGCUCCGCCUCCUCACCUUGGGGGGACCCUGGGCAGGACGCACCUGGGGGGCGGGCCCUGCAAGCACAGGGCGCCCAAUGGCGCUUUGUUCCGACAGAGCCCUGGCAAGAUGGCGGCGUACCAGGGACCCUUACCCGAAGUCAUUGACGCCGCCCACGGCACCUCCAUCUAGUGGGCGGGGCUAAGGGACCUUUUCUACUGUACAUAAGAAACCAGUGAAAGUAUUUUCAAUAUGCUCCAUUUUUCAAAAAGUACGAAAUAUAAACCCUCACCUUUUUCUCUCCUGUUUUCAUCCGCUUGUGAAAUGUUGUGUCCGGUUGCCAUGGUGACGCACACCUCCAUGUCCUCGCUGUUACGGGCCCCCAUAGAGAGGUUUCUAUGACAACCAACACCCAGCAGCGCCCCCCGCAGGCCUGGAGGAACAACAAGGCUCCAUGAUGUCAGGAGGUUCUAGAAGGACUCCACCUUAUUUUUUGGGGGGGGGGGGUCCUCACUUUCACCUGUCA